GCCUUGGCCUCGCAUUCUCGCGUGAUGAGAUUUGUGACGUCGCGAUUAGGUGUCCGGCAGGAAGCGCGGCGCUGGACAUUGAGGGCGCUGCGGGACGUUUAAACAACGAUUCGGUUCUGUGUUGAGAAAACCGAGAGUGUUGGGCGGAAUGCAGGCUAUUCACUUUGAACAAGAUGUCUGCUGAAUAUUUUGACUUGAUUAGCACAAUCAAGGUUUGACUGCAAAUGGCUGAACACAGACAUUCAGGAAUAAAUGUGGGACCUACACAGGCAGUUGCUCUGCACUAAUAUCGAUGCAACUAGAUCUCUGGCACAAAUAUCAGUGCGGUUGGAUUGGAAGAAUUAAAUGCUUUCGAGAUGAGCCAAGAUCGAGGAAAGUAUGAUUUCUACAUAGGUCUUGUGCUGGCCAUCAGCUCCAGCCUCUUCAUUGGGGGGAGCUUCAUCCUGAAAAAGAAGGGCCUUCUGCGCUUAGCUCGGAGUGGCUCUAUGAGAGCAGGACAAGGCGGCCAUGCAUAUCUCAAAGAAUGGCUGUGGUGGGCUGGGCUUCUCUCAAUGGGAGCGGGGGAAGUUGCUAACUUUGCUGCAUAUGCCUUUGCACCGGCUACUCUAGUGACACCCUUAGGAGCUCUAAGUGUGCUAGUCAGUGCCAUACUGUCUUCAUACUUCUUGAACGAAAAGCUCAAUCUUCAUGGGAAAAUUGGAUGUUUGCUGAGCAUAUUGGGAUCAACGGUUAUGGUUAUUCAUGCUCCCAAGGAAGAAGAGAUUGGCUCUCUAAAUGAAAUGGCCAUCAAACUAGCAGAUCCAGGUUUUUUACUUUUCGCAACAGCGGUGGUGAUCGCCUCCCUAAUUCUGAUAUUUGUGGUGGGACCUCGCCACGGCCAGUCCAAUAUUCUGGUUUACAUCUCCAUCUGCUCGGUUAUCGGAGCCCUCUCGGUGUCCUGUGUUAAAGGGUUAGGAAUUGCUAUAAAGGGACUCUUUUCCGCAGAGCCUGUUCUAAGGAAUCCUCUGUCGUGGAUUCUGCUGCUCAGCCUUAUUGUGUGUGUCAGCACUCAGAUAAACUAUCUCAACAGAGCCUUAGACAUAUUUAACACCUCCCUAGUAACUCCCAUUUACUAUGUGUUCUUUACCACCUCUGUUCUGACCUGCUCCGCCAUCUUGUUCAAGGAGUGGCAGCACAUGGCGACUAAUGACAUGAUUGGCACCUUCAGUGGCUUCUUAACCAUUAUCAUUGGGAUCUUUUUAUUACAUGCUUUUAAAGACGUUGCUUUCACCCUUUCGAAUCUGCCCGUCUCCCUGAGGAAGGAUGAGCGCACGUUAAACGGAAACCUUUCUAACCAUAUCUACGAGCACUUAAACGGUGAUGAAGAAAGUCAGCUCAGCGACAGCGAGCUUCAGUUGACUGACACUUUAACUUCCAGGAGGAAUGGGACUCUGGCAUCGUUUUAGUUAUGACUGGAUCUUCCCACCUGCAACUGAUGCUCUCUGCCUUUUCAAGUGUUGCUGAGUGACUUCAGCCAGGAUCAUUUUUUUUUAUUGUAUUGAUUCAAACACAACCAUAAAAUAAACAACAAUCAGUGGCGCCCCGCGAGGGACUGCUCUUGUAUUGUGUCAGCAGGGAGCACAAAGUGCAAAAUCUUGGACAGUAUUGUUUUUAUAACAAUCAACAAAUUGAAUAUUAACCAGCGAUAUCUGUGCUUUGUCUCCGCGUGUUUAUUCUUAACAACAUAAUGGGCGUAUUCUAAGAGAGUGAUGAGAAUUGGGGUGGCGUUGAACCGAAAACCACAUGGGGGCGUCCUCGUAGAACCCCCAGGAACCAUGUCUGAAAGUUUUACUCUUAAGAUUUCUUUUGCGUUUCAUUGUUUUAAGUUUGCUUCGUUUGGACCAAGUCUGGGUAAAUGGGGAUUUUAGUUUGCCUUAAAACUGACUUAAGUUAAUGAAAAUUACCUCAGAUUUUUGCGUUUCUGCUACUGUAAGCAUGUAAGAUCGCACCCUAAUUUAAAUGCUAAAAAUGCACUGAACUGUUGAAUUGCUUCUAAAACAAUAAAUAAGAUGCUAAUAUCCUACCAUA